AUGGCGAAAUCGACCGCUAAAGCUCUUAAUGAGCUAGUGCGGUGCAAUAUGCACGGGAUGGAAACGGGCGAUAGAGAACAUUUAUUACAGUUUGCUUUAGACUAUUUUAAUGAUGAAACUAUAAAUACUGUUGAAUCUGAAGACGAAGAGGACGAAUUUGAAACGGAUGUUAAUUUUAUUGAUGCACCAGAAUUUCAGGAAAUAUUUUUGGAAGAAAAAGAUAAUGACUGUAUAAUUGAUUUUGAAGAUGAUGAAGAUGAUGAUGAUAAACUUACGCCAGAAAUUAUAGUUAAUGAGGCAAAAAAUAUUUUAGAUUCUGUUUAUUCUAUUGUUUCAAAUGAUUUAGAUACAGAAUUAGAAAGAGUAAAAUCUUUCAAUUGUGGUUGUGUGGGACAUAAAAAAGGACGAUGUUUAAAACAAUUUGAUAAAGAAUAUAUAAAAAAUCUUAGAAUGAAUAUUAAUGCAUUGACAAAUGGUGAAAAGGAAAUGUUUAUUAUGGGAAAAAUUAGUUGUACCAUUAAUUUGUCGAAAAUGACGGAAAGGUCCAAAAAAGUACAGACAGAACGACAGAGAUACAGAACAACUUCUUUGAUUGAGAAGAAAAUGAUUUUAAAAAGUGGUUCUCUACUUCCUUUCUUUUAG